AGGGAGGGAGGGCGGGCGAGGGGAGAGGACUGAGCACCCGCGACCGGGCAGGCCGGACUGAGGGGUAGCGGCAAAAAGCAGAGCGCCGCGAUCUCUGUCGGGAAGCGCAACCUCCCCGGGCCCCGCGGGGCCGCGCAGGGGGCGUCCUCAAGCCCUCGCCCGCUCCCUCUUUCCAUCUUCUGCCGCCCGCAGGCCACCCCGGGGCCCGGUCAUCCGCGCGCUCAUCCUCGGGCUCGGGCCCGUCCCUGGCCCUCGAGGGAGCCGCCGCCUUCAUCGCUGCCUCUGCAGCGGCCACACCAGAGGCCGCCCAGGCGGGAACCCGGCGUGAGCAUCGGGCGCCCCCCUAGGAGUGCACGACCCCCGGAGCCGCCCUCAACACGGACCGCGCCCGCUGGGCACACAAGAAUGGUCACUCAGAUACUGGGGGCCAUGGAGUCUCAGGUGGGGGGGGGCCCGGCCGGCCCGGCCCUGCCCAACGGGCCACUCCUUGGUACAAACGGAGCCACUGAUGACAGCAAGACCAACCUCAUCGUCAACUACUUGCCCCAGAACAUGACCCAGGAUGAGUUCAAGAGUCUCUUCGGCAGCAUUGGUGACAUCGAGUCCUGCAAGCUGGUUCGGGACAAGAUCACAGGGCAGAGCCUCGGCUACGGGUUUGUGAACUAUUCUGACCCCAACGAUGCAGACAAAGCCAUCAACACCCUCAACGGCCUCAAAUUGCAGACGAAGACCAUCAAGGUGUCCUAUGCCAGACCCAGUUCCGCAUCCAUCCGGGAUGCCAACCUGUACGUCAGCGGGCUCCCCAAGACCAUGAGCCAGAAAGAGAUGGAGCAGCUCUUCUCCCAGUACGGCCGCAUCAUCACCUCUCGCAUCCUGGUGGACCAGGUCACAGGUGUCUCUCGGGGUGUGGGAUUCAUCCGCUUUGACAAGAGGAUCGAGGCCGAGGAGGCCAUCAAAGGACUGAACGGGCAGAAGCCGCUGGGAGCGGCGGAGCCCAUCACGGUCAAGUUCGCCAAUAAUCCAAGUCAGAAGACGGGGCAGGCGCUGCUCACUCACCUCUACCAGUCCUCGGCCCGGCGCUACGCAGGCCCCCUGCACCACCAGACGCAGCGCUUCCGGCUGGACAAUUUGCUCAACAUGGCCUACGGAGUCAAGAGUCCCCUGUCGCUCAUCGCCAGGUUCUCGCCGAUCGCCAUCGAUGGCAUGAGUGGCCUGGCGGGCGUGGGCCUGUCGGGGGGCGCGGCCGGUGCCGGCUGGUGCAUCUUCGUGUACAACCUGUCUCCGGAGGCCGAUGAGAGCGUGCUGUGGCAGCUGUUUGGGCCCUUUGGGGCAGUCACCAAUGUCAAGGUCAUUCGCGAUUUCACCACCAACAAGUGCAAGGGCUUCGGCUUCGUCACCAUGACCAACUAUGACGAGGCAGCCAUGGCCAUCGCCAGCCUCAACGGCUACCGCCUGGGCGAGCGCGUGCUGCAGGUGUCCUUCAAGACCAGCAAACAGCACAAGGCCUGAGCUGCCCCGCCGCCCCCGCCCCGGGCAGCAGAGAGAGAGAGAGAGAGAGAGAGAGAGAGAGAGGAGGGGCCCGAGAGAGAGAGCCCAGGCAGACCCACAGCCCUACGAAGCCACAGGGUGAGCACUCGGGGAGCAGGAGGGUCUGCAGGGGAGGGGGUGCCCGGGGGUCCCCCACUCCGCUCUCCCUGCCCCCCCAUCCCAGGCUGGGCUGCUCACUCUCUCGUCUUGGUUUGGUUCAUGGUGAAGGUUAUUGUUUCUUUUCUCGGUUAAAAAGAAAGCAGAGACGAGCCCCCCAGUCCCCCCUCCAUGGGAUGGCUUGGGGGACACGGGGUGCCCUCUCAGGCCCCUUUGCCCAGGCUUCCCAACACGUCGGUGGGCCUGGAGAGAGAGGGGAGGGAACAGGUUUAAAAAUCCCCAAAAAAGUGAAACAUGAAGAGGGGUGUGGGCAUUCCCAGCCCCCCAGAGCCCCUGGGUGGAAUUCGGGGAGCAGGGGGCGGGGCUGGAAGCAGAAACAAAAUGAAAAACAGGGGAGGGUGGGAGGGGAAGAAAAACUCUAUUUUUGUAAAAAGGGAAAAAGACCUCGUGGAGAAUUUUUACUGGGGAUUCUUGAACUUGAAAAAAAAAAUCACAAAAAAAGACAAAAAAAAAAAAAAGAAACUAUUUUGGCAGGUUAUGUUUACCAACUGGGGCAGGGGUGUGGGGAGCAGGGCUGAGGGGCCGGGAGUCCACAGGGCCACACACAGAGGAACAGCCACACGAAGACAUGCAGGGGCACAUGCUUACACCACAGGGGCAGAGACAGGCACGGACACACUCAGAGGUCAUUCAGGACCUCUCUGGCCAAACCCAGACACGUGGACAGGGGUCAACCUCGACAAAGAAGGGGUCAGGUUUAGGGGUAUAUCAUGUGGACACAGACGAAGGUGGCCAUACAUACAUGUAGGCGUGCCAGCACACCCACAGGUCCACACGGACACACGAUCGUGGACACAGGUCUGCUUGGAUGUGUGGAUCUAGACACCUGGUCACAGAGACACAAACACCCAGGAACACAUGCACAGCACCCCACAGGCCCAGCAAGAGAUCCCACCCCGGCCCUGACCCUGUCACUUCCUCCAGGCUGGCCCGGCCCCCCCCUCCCAGAGUCCCCUUGGCUCCAACGUGCCCCAACCCCAGGUUCUCUGCACAGCUCUCUCCUGGCUCAUCAGGGGUCUCCCUGCUGCCCACCAACAGGCGUGCACACGCAGUGUCCAUGCAUCCAGACACACAAUACCUCGUUCCACUUUGGCAUCAUGGUGGGCUGGAGGCAGUCCCCACCCCCCACAACACUUGAGGCCAAAGGACCCCCUGUCCCUGGGGCUCAGCCUCCCUGGGCUGAGGGAGAGGCCCAGCCCUGAGCCUCCCCCAACCAGGGCUGGGCUUCCCCAGCAGCAAGCACCCAGCAACCCGCCAGGCCCAGGGUGGAUGGGCCCUGCGGCCCAGCCCCAUGUCCCUUCCCGUCCACUCGUUACCCCUUUUGGUUUGUUGGGUUUUGUGUCUUUCCAGGUUGGGGAGGGCAGUGGACAAGCCCCCAUCUGGAGCUCCAGCCCUGGCUUCUGUCUGGAUUUUGCUCCUGCCUCCCUUUUCAUUCUUUUUAAGAAAUUCCAACAGAAGCCAAAGCCUGGAGCCCCCGGGAGCCCUCAAAGCCCCCACCCACCCCUCAGUGGGCCCAGUCAGAACUGAAAAUUGCAAAGCCCCCCGACUAGUUCUAGUUGCCUUCUCCCGGUGUCCUCUGCGUUUGGUGUCUGGCCAUGGCCCCAUCUGGACGUCCAACUCUCUCUCCCCACCCCUCCCGGUGUUGUUCUUAAACGUCUGUGGAGCUUCUGCUGCAAGGAACAAAAAGAAAAAAAAAAAAAAAA